GGGCCGGGCUGGGGGCGCGCCCGUCCAUCCCCCUAGCUCUGCCCCUGCUUCCAGCACGUCCAGUCCUGGUCUCCUCCUGCCCCCCACUAUCCUCUCAAAGGGCUCUCAGCUUUUCCACCAUACACGCUUUCUAGUCCUUUAAAUCCUAGAGGCAAACUUUGGGGGAAAUAAGGAAGGCUGGGAGGGGCCUAUGCCUUAACCCUCUCAAUCCGGGACAAGAAACCAAGACCAACUAGGCUGACUGGGCGUUGACUCGCGCUCUCCUGGUAGGCUACCAUGGCCCCCGAGAGGGGCUGAAGCUUAGUUCCCGGUGCAGGUGAGAUCCCGCCCGGAGAAAGAAGAAAAAGGGCGCCAGCGAGGUAGCCUCCGAGGCCAGGAGGGACCACAGCUUGAGCCGGAACCCACUUCAGUCAGGGCCAAGAGGAAAGCUCAACUAUUAGUUACUGAGGUGAGCCGCAUUGCGUUAUGGUCAUGGACACGUUAGACUCGGGAAAAGUUAAACAUGUCAUCUGAGAUUUGAGUCCAGCAGUUGUAACCUUGGGAACCUCUCACAGCCUCAGUUUCUUCACUUGUUAACUGAGAAUAAUAGUGCCAACACAGUCCUGCCUUAUCAGAGCAUUCUUGUGGCUGACUAGAUGCCGGUGUUGAAGCAGCUGGGCCCCGCGCAGCCCAAGAAGCGACUGGAGCGCGGAGCACUGUCUAUCUCGGCGCCCCUUGGAGACUUCAGGCACACACUGCACGUGGGGCGCGGUGGCGACGCCUUUGGGGACACCUCGUUCCUGAGUCGCCACGGGGGCGGCCCGCCCCCCGAGCCCCGCGCGCCGCCAGUCGGGACCCCACACUCCGUCCCUCCACCUGCAGUCCCACAGCCCCCCACACCUGCUCUCCUGGUGCCUUCACCUGCGGACCCGCUGCUGUCCUUCCAUCUGGACCUGGGCCCCUCUAUGCUGGACGCAGUGCUAGGCGUCAUGGACGCGGAGCGCGCCCAGACAACCAAGCCCGUCGGGGACGCCCACCCUGGAAUGCAGCACCCGAAGGCCUGCUGCCGCUCCAAUGCAGACCUCCCGCUGGACGAUGUCAUAGGCCUGUAGUGUCCUUAUUCCUGCAUCCCUCCCUCCCAACAUCCCACUUUUGUACACAUAAAUGACUGUGUCUGUUCACUUUGUACGGGAAGGGGCACACAGGCAGGACGGUGGGGUGCCACCAACUAAAAGCCAAGUCUGUCGUUAA